ACAGGCAUACAUUUGGGCUUGCGUCCGCGAGGAGAAGCGAUGGCUGGUGGCCAAUUGAAUCGAGGCAGAUCGCAAAUCUCAGAACAAGAACAAUGCGCAUUCUUCAUUGUUCGUUCAAUUGGGUAACGUGCUCUAGCUAAUUUAGCAGUCGGAAUAACUCAAUCCCAAAAAUAUGAAUCAGUCGGGGGUCCACAAAAAGAAGCCAAGGAUUCGGAAUCGGCAGAAGAACAAAAUCAACCAGGUGCAUCAAGACCAAGAGGAAAAUUCUCUUAAAGGUGAUGUCGUUCAGGUGGACAUUGCUCCCAAAAGUGAUAACGCUGAACCAAAAAUUAUUCAAAAAGUUAAUGUCUCUCAAGUGGAAGGUCCUCUUAAAACAGAUUGCCCACAGUUGAAAAGUCCCCCAAAAAGUGGAAACUCCCAGGUGGAAAUGCCACCGAAAAGUGAUCAUUCCCAGGUGGAAAAUCCUCAAGAGAACGAAACCAUCAGGCUAAUACAGCUACUAUUGCGCAGGAAAUUGUUGGCCAAAAACAAGGCAGCUGCAAUCAGUGAAGCAGAGCCGGUCAAUAAUCAAGCCAAAAUAGUAACCCAAUUAAAGGAAACCAAUGCUGAAGAAAGGAAACCAAAGGUUCCUAGUACUUCACAAACUCCAAAAACCCCAGCAGAAUCCAAGACACCAGGAAAACCAUUGAAGGAUGUGAAGGCCGAUGAAAUGGAUGAGCUGCUCAAAUGUUUGGGUAGCAAGCUGCAAAAGGGAGGUGGAGAGUCCCCAGCAGCGGCACUAUUCAGCAAUCUCGGAAAGCUUUUCAGCCAAGCACCGCCCAGCGAUGUGGAAUCCUCGGAUGAGGAGGCGGAGGAGUAUGUGGAGUACAUUUACAAGCCAAGGCAAUAUUUCAUGGCCUCAUUGUGCAAUUUCUGCAAGGCGGAUUUGUGCGGCCAAACCCGGAUACCCUGUUCCCGCUGCGGACUGAGCUACUACUGCAGUGGAGGCCACAUGAAAGACGACCAGGAGCACCGCCAGAUGUGCUUCGCCCUGCGUAGAACGGUGGAGCGCAAUGGUCACGAGAUGUUCUACAAGUGCGGCGACUUCAGUGGCGAGCAGUUCCGUUCCUACCGGAUCGUGUGCAUUCGCCAGGUGGAGAAGGAGAUGAACCGCCCGCUCUCGGCAACGGAGCAGGAGCUGCUCCUCUUCCCAAUGAUCUGCAGUGAGCGCAAGUGCCGGGAGCACCGCUUCAAGAGCCUGUCCAUCUGCGGCGGAUGUGGCGAAUGGGCCUUCUGCAAGGACAAGCCGGGUCAUCGCAGCAAGGAGCACGCCAAGUGGUGCGGAGCCUACCAGCUCUUCAAGGCCUUCAUCAUGUUUCAGGCAAACUUCGGGCGGAUGGAGCCAUCGCUGCCCAAUAAGGUUCUUAGUGAACUGCCCAUGGCUUGCUCCAGCACCAAGCACAUGAUGAAGAAGCUCAAUUUUAAUGUUACCAAUGAGUGCGAGUAUGCAGCACUCACCCAGGUCUCGACAGGACCUCUAACUGCCUGGUUCGCCUUGAAGCUCUGCGAGCGAUUAAGAGACUGUGAGGAGUUGACUCUGCAUUUGAUUGGCGCCGAGAUUGAAUUCGAGGUGGAUAUGUUGCAGAAGUGGGAACUAUUCCUUCUCCACAUAAUGCCCACCGUGAACACUCUGAAUGUGGUUUUUAUUGGACCGGAACUUAACCCCAACAACAUAUCCUUUGAGCAGCUGAAGAAAAUCAAGUGCUGCCGUUUGUGUCGAAAAGCUCAGAGAACUGUAAACUAUCAUUUUGAGAAUGGACUGUAUCACGAUUACUGCAAGGAGCCGCAUUUUCUUCAACCAAAUUUGGUUUGCUUUUUCAACUCUGGUCUAUACCGAUCAACUGGGUUCGCCCUUGAGGACACUUGGCCAGACACCAUUCAAGCCGCACUUAACAUUAAAUGCCCCAUUGUGGUGACCUCAUACACCAAGUAUGAGGCUCCUCUGGACAUGGUGCACUUCAUCAACCAGUCUAAUCGGCAUUUGAAUGUCGUACUGCCACCGACUACAAAUCCAUUUUCUUCGGAGAAGCCUGAACGUAAUUUUAUUUCGGACGAUGAGACGCCUUUUAUGUUCAAGAACUUUUAUUGUUUUGUUGUUGAGUGAAUGGUUGGAAAAGAAAAUACACCUGUUUUAAACAA